GAAAGGAGUAUGCGCGGGUGUCGGUGCCGCGCCCGUCUCCCCAUGAUCCCUCACGUGACCCAGGCGAUCAUGUGACUUCCCUCAGACGCGCUUGCGACCAGACAGAGAAGACGCAGGUGGUAAGAAAUGUCCAUGUGUGCCCAGUCCUGGCAUCGCAACUCCAUCUAACCGUGGGUAAGAGUCGGCGCAGCCAGGAGAGAGGAUUGCACUGGGGUCAACAGCCAGUGGCGACUGGGAGCAGAAGUCAGAAGCUCGAUCGGCGAUGUGGGAACAAUGAGUAACAGCUACACAGAAAAUUUCUCCGUGGCCCUGAUUGACGCUGCCUCCGACAAGGAUGAGAGGGUACGGCAGGAGAUCGCCCAGGCCCUGCGGGUGUUGGGGGGCCGACACCCCACCCUAGUCCUGCUCACCUGUCAUGACUACCUCAGCAAGCAUCCGAAGCUGGUCCAGCUUCACCGCAUCGUUAUCCUGAACGACAUGGAGGCCAUCGUCAAAGAGACCAUAGAUCAGUUGGACCAGCCCUUGGCCAGGAAGAUCAUCUCGCUCGCCUCAGAGGAGAUGACCCGAUCUAAGGAAGUGGUUCCUGAGUGGCAGGCCUCGGCCAGCCGGCUGCUGGUGGCCCUGGGCUGCAGGUUCAUCAACGAGGUGAUGGAGGAAGUUCUGCACAAGUUCCAGCCCGGAGUUCUGCCCCACCCCUAUGUGGUGCACACUCUGGGCAGCCUGUCCACCGCCAACGUGUACGGCAUGGUGCCCUUCCUGACUGCCAUCCUGGGAACGAUGCUGCCCAUGCUGGGAAUGGCAAAGCAAGACUCCAUGAAAUUGGUCUUCACCAUUGCCCUGGGCCACUUCAGCGAGAGCAUCCUGGAGUACUUGGCAAACCUGGACAAGGCUCCAGACCCGACAGUGAGGAAAGAUGCCUUCUCUUCAGAGAUCUACACUUCCUACGAUGUGCUCUUCAACUUCUGGCUACAGACCAAAGACCCCAAGCUGCGGACCAGUGUGGUGGAGGCAGUCGGUCAGAUGUCCCACCUGAUGCCUCACGACAAACUGGAGGAACAGCUUCCCAAGCUGAUUCCUGGGAUCCUCGGCCUAUACCGCAAGCAUUCCGACUAUUUCCACAUCACUCAGAGCCUGUGCCACGUGCUGGACUCCGCGGUGGAGAUGGGCAGCCGCCUGCUGGAGACGCAGAUCGACACCCUCCUCAACGCACUGCACCCCCAGAUUUGCACUCCCUUGGAGUACACCAAUCACCUGGCUGUCAAGAACCACAAUGAAGUCCUUCGCUGUUUCACUGUCCUGGCCUGUGCCUACACUGACAGACUCAUCGCCUUCCUCCUACAGAAGCUGGAGGUCCACAAUGAGCGGGUCCGCAUUGGGACGUUGACCGUACUGAAACACCUCAUCAACUCUGCCUCGACUCAACUGGAGGGCAAGAAAACCCUGGUACUGAUGGCCAUGAAGCUCAUAAUCCAAGACAACAACAACAACAAGGUGAAACGGAUGAUCGCCCAGGUGAUCAGCGCCAUGGCCCACCAUGACUACCUGGAACUGGAGGGAGGCGAGGCGAUGGUGGAGUUUAUUAUCCAGCAGUGUGCCCUGCCCUGCAGUCCAGGGACGCCGAAACCCCGCACAUACGAUCCCGAGGAGGUGACUGAGGAGAACCUGAGGGACAUGUGUGACAACAUCCUGAACCUGCUCACCACCACCGUGAAGAGGAUGCAGGAGGUGUUGUGGCCUUUCCUCUUGGAGUUUCUGAUGCCGGUGCAGUACCUCCAGGCCCUCGGCCCCGUCUGCCACAGCCUGGCCUUCCUGGGAAGCAAGGCUUUGCAAGCCCAGGGCACAAAGCUCUCACCCAGCCACAGGGGACGAGACCUGCCCACACCUCAUGCCUUGUUGACGCGACUUCUGGUGGUGUCUUCAUUCCCCUACCGCGGGAGAGGCCGAGGGGUCCCUGCACUCAGGCUACUGCAAGUACUGGCGCCAAUCAUUCACCCCCAGCUGGUGGAGGUCUGGAACCAGCAGGUGCCCCCCCUUGUCCAGCACCUGGAAGAGAAUUCAGAGGAAUCCUUGCCCCAGCGACAAUGGGAGGACAAAUUGCUGCUGCUGCUGUCCAGGAGCUUGGAGGCAGUGACUCCUGGCGAUGAGGCCUGGUGCUGUCAGCUGAGUGAGGAGAUGAGCCGACAUCUUCACCAGUACAACAGCUUCCCCCAGGAGAAGGGGUUCCUGUACAAAUGUGCCGGCGUGGUUCUGCGGCAAAGUGCCAACACCGAUCUGGUGAGGAGGCAGCUGAUGGAGUUACUGCAGAGUGUGCGGCACGCCGAGGUGUUGGAGCGGGAGGGCAUGGCUGUCUGCGUGGGCUUCUGUGCCACCACACACCUGGACGAUACCCUCUCCAAACUGGAGGACUUUGGCAAGUCUGACAUCUUCAAGAAAUCUGCCAGUCUCUUCAACAUCCUCAAGGACAAGUCAGACCUGGACGUGGAGAAGGCAAAGAGUACACUGAUCCUGUGUUAUGGCUACCUGACAUUACACGCUCCCCAGGACCGGAUCCUGGCCAGGGUGCAGAGAGACGUCGUCAAACAUGUCCUCAGCCACUUCAACACCAAGGUUCUGGGCAUUAAAGUUGAAACCAAGGAUUUGACCAUUAAGCUCAGUCUGAUGAAGACCCUCACCCUGAUAGCCAGGGCAGUUCACGCCUGCGAGAAGACCCACCCCUACACCUUCUCACAGAAGGGGGAGCUGUUGCUCUACAUGCAGGAUUUGAUCAGAGCGGAACCAGCGGACAGCCUGAGGACCCCCAUCAGACAGCAAGCUAUCACAACCUGCACACAUCUGCUUAAGUUGGACCCACCUCUGGGUGAGGUGGAGACCUUCGAACUGGUCAAAACCUGCAUGAACAGUGUGUUUGGGUUGCUGCCCCCCGCCAUGGAGAAAGGCAAGGACGAGAGUGGACCCGGCCUGAAGGAGAGAGAGGUCCUCUUUGCCGAAACGUUGACCGUCCUGCAGGACCUCCUGAAGCAAGUCCUUCUGCAGGACCUGAGCCCCAAUGGGCUGCAGGCUGUCUUUAAGCACCUCGAGGGUUGGAUCAUCUCUGCCAGGGACUGGGAGCGGGAUCGCGCUGUUCUCAUCCUCUCCAAUCUGCUGGCCUUUUACCUGGAGAAACUCAACGUCCGGGCCAUGGUGACCUUCCACAACCUGGGGACAAUCAUCGGCCGCCUGGUCCCCCGGAGCACCGACCCGCUGGUGACGGUACGGCGGAACGCGGUGGAGGGGGUUCACACCCUUCUUUGCAUCCAGCAGCGAUACGCCGGGUUUGCCUCCGACCAUCGAGACCAAGAUCUGGAACGUCUCCAGACUCUCCGAGACUCCUUGGAUUCCUCAGAGGGUGGGGCUCUCUUCUGUACCUGCUCCGAGAUUGGGCAGGUGAUUGCGAAGACCAUUCCCCAGGGACAGCUGCAUCCUCUACUCCGCCUGCUCUUCGAGGGUCUGCUAGAUCCCCACCCCAACUGCUCCAGCGCAGCCUCUGUCAUCAUCAAUACCAUCGUCAGGAUCAGGGGCAGCAGCCUCGGUGACCAGGUGCCGGACAUGAUGGCACGGUUACACUCCCGCCUCGAGUGCAUCAGCUCGGAGCAGGUACGGACAUCCGUUCUACAGACAGUCUCCCUCCUCGCCUCGCAAAACCUGGCGGCCGUGAUCUCCUAUCUCCUCACCCACCCGCUGCCUUUCGACAGACCCACGGGCGAGAUGUGGCGGUCUCUGGCGGUGGACACGAGCCUGACCCGAGCCACGCUGGAGCUGCUGACCGAGCGGCUGGAUAAGCAUCUGCCGUACGAGGAACGCAGUGAGUCGUUUCUGCGAAAGGAUGUGGCCCGUGUGGCCACUCUCCAGCCGCUGGCUAUCACCUGUGCUCUGACCGAGCUCCUGUCCCAGCCUGAGAUGCGCGAGGCCGUCGGUCUCCUCUACCCGCUGCUGUUCACCUCCACCCUCCUCCGCGUUGGCUCCACCCUGGGGGUCCGGUUGCCCAAAGACUCAUCGAAUCAGGCGAAGGAGGGGCGGGGGUCUGUACAGAUCCGCUUCCCCAGGACCCUCAAUGUCUGCAGCUGUUCAGUGGACGCUCUCCGGGCGGUGAUGGUCCAGAGUCAGAAUGAGGGGUUACUCCGGAUCAUGAAGGACGAGGAAGGCUGGGAACUGCUGAAGAGCCCUGACACACACCACCAGGGGGUGGCCAUUCUGGCCAGGGCCAUGGCGAGACACAGCACAUCGCACCUGAGCAGCAUCGUGGAGAGGCUGGAACCCUUCCUGAACGCACCCUACGAGGGCCAGAGGGUCACCGUGGCUGCCUUCUUCGGAGAGUUACUGAACCACCAUGUGACCUGUGACCUGCUCCUGACCGAUGCGCUGGUCAGCAGUCUCCUGCGGUGCCUGGUCGAUCCUUCCGCUCUGGUCCGGAGGUUAUCGAUCCGCGGGCUGGGCAACGCCACGGUCGGGGCCCCUGGCAAGGUGCACCGGUUCUCCCCCCGGCUGCUGUCGGCCAUGGUGGCUGGCCUGGACGAGAAGGACGACCCCGAUGACCACAUCACCCUGGAGGCCAUGUCUGGCCUGUCGAAGGUGCUGAGCCAGCUGCAGGAAACCAGCGUCCAGCCCAUCCUCAUCAACAUCGCCCUCCGCAUCCGGCCCUUCUUCGAGAAGGACGAGGACCGAGUGCGAGCUGCCGCCUUCGCGGUUUUUGGGAACCUGUCCCGAUUCGGGAAGGGAGAGUCGGAGGCUGACUUCCUGGAUCAGGUCCACUCCAGCCUGGUCAGCCUGUUGCUGCACCUCAAUGACAGCAGCACGGAGGUGGUGAAGGCCUGUAAAUUUGCCCUGCGUUUGAUUGGCCCCAUCAUGGGCUCGGACAACGUCAGUCUAAUGUUUCAGAAGCACCUACUGGAGGAGGCACAUCUUCACUACGGAGAGUUCGUCAAUGAUCUGUCCAAGCACAUCAUCAGUGAUUUCCCGGAGAAAAUUAACUUCUACGUCAUGGGUAAUGUCUCAUUCUUCAAAAGCAACAGGCCAGAGAUCCGAGGAAACGCAGUGAUGUUCACAGGGUUUCUUCUAGGGAAUAUGUCACAGACCGAGCUUCAGUCAGUGUCCCUGGAGCAUGUGUGUGGAGCCAUCGUCAUGCUGCUACAGGACGGGGAGCCCAGUGUUCGGAUCAAGGCUGCCGAAGCUCUCAGCCUCCUCCACGAACUCUGAAGGCUGAUUAGAUGGGUCGAGACCACCUCCUCCUGUCUCCCUCUCCCCCCCCCCCCCCCCCACCACCUUCGCCUGGAGGUGACGUGUUUGCGGGGAAGGUCGGACAAUCCUAUGGCCCAGAACCAAAGAUUUGACUGAAGUUUCAGAGAAUGACCCACUAUUGUAAUUCUGCCAGUUUCCAGUGUGCCCCAAGUGAGUGUUGUUGGGGAUUGGGGGGGGUCUGUAAAUGCUCCAGGCCUCUGCUUACCUGGUGUUGUGUGCCCACAGUUGUGAAUUGACCCACAGAAUCUGUCUGUGCCACCUCCUGAGAUGGCCUUUCCUUCCCUGACACAGGGCGUGGGACCGGGACUGCCCUUCCCAGUGAGGAGGUCUGGUGGCGGUGAUAACAGCCUGGCAGAGGCCUGGCCCCUCGUUGUCCACGGAGACAGUCACCAUUAACAUCUGAGUGGUAAACAGUGGCCCCUGCCACCUGGAAUCUGAGGGGAGUGGGUUCAGCUGCCCCCGUUACCUGUGGAGAGUGGGACUGGAUGCUUCAAUUGGGCAUACCACUGCAGCUGGUCUGAGAGUAGCAUGGCGUAGGGAGGGAACAAGUGUUUAUCUUCACUGGGGGUGGGGGGGGAGAGCACAGUAAGUUGGAAAGAUGGGGAAUUAUUCCCUGUGCCUUCAUGUGUGUUACAGGUGAAGAGGGCUUCCACAGAACCUGCAAAGACCAUUUUGUGAAUUAUUCCGAGUCCCUGCCCCACAUACCUGCUGUGUUUUACACGUGGGCGAGGCUGCCGACAGGAGCUCCAGGCACUGGAGAUAGUACCCGUUACUGCCAGGCCUUUUGCGUGCAGGCUUCCCCCCCCUCGGUGACCUCCAGGCAGCUGUUCCACAUGAGAUGCCUCCACUUACACCUGGUGUGGGUUUUAAAUGUUUGAACCUACUAGGGAUCAAAGGAUGGUACAGAAAUAAUCUUUAAUAAUAAAAGAGCUGAUUGCAGGAUCAAUGUAAA